UCAUCUCGUGGGUUCGUUGAUCUUGGUGAUUGAGGCAAAAAGAAAGCAUGUUUUAGAAGACAUGGGUGAACAGACAUUUUCCGAGUUUUAUAAUACGAGUAAGGGCAAGGAUGCAUAUGCUUAUCUAACUCAACAGGCGAAAGAAAAUCCCAACUCUCCUAAACCUCAAGUACUAGUGCCGACUCAAGGGGACAAUGAUUCACAUACUCUUCGGUCACACUCAAAGUCAUCGUCCAACUCCUCAUUAAAUCAACAACAAUCUUCCAGCACCUUUGCGAAUCAACAAUCAUCUUCUAACACUUCUGUUAAGCAGAACAAUUAUAGCUUCUCAGACUUUAAGUUCAAGAGCAUAUUAGGUGAAAGACGAAGUGGGAAAACCCUUCUAUGCGAAUUUUGUGGAGAUAUGAUUGCUCUGAAGAGUGCAGACUUAUCGAAGACCCCUUCGUAUGUCCUGGAAGAAAUGCAGAAAGAAGUUGAGAUUUGUAAAGACCUCGCUGAUAUUCAAGACAAAUAUAUCUCCAAGUUGGUCUGUUAUGGAUAUUAUGGAGGAGGUAUGAGCUUCGUUAUCGGCAUGACUAUUGUUGGCACUUCGGCUAUUAAGGGAUUAGAAGCGAUCCACAAGCAUGGCAUCCUCCACAAUGAUAUUCGGGAGGAAAACAUCUUAAUUAACGAUGACGGUGGCGUCUAUCUGAUUGACUUCGGUAUGGCAAGUCAGGAGGACACAAAAAAGAAGAGAAAGCUUUUCGAGGAGGAACAGCUCAAAUACUCUAACUUGCUAGAUAGAUAUAAUAUACAUUUCGUAAAGAAGGAGGGGCGAAUUUCCAAAUCACGUAAAUGUCAGGUGGUUAGUUAGACUGUAGGGAUAUACAUUAGACAUUUAGUAUAAAAGCGUCAUGUAUCACGGGCAAUGUCCCGAACAUUUGUAUUUAUUUU